AAAACAUCAAUGUUUUGUAGGGACGAGUUGUUUGUCGGGAACAUUUCUGAAUUAAAUUGAAUGGAAAUCAGUCCAAAAAUGUGAACUAAUAUUUUAAUGUGGUAUGAUGCGUUGUGCCAAAACAUUCAUUAUCGUUUUGUUUCUUUUUGUUUGCGGGUGUUACAUUGUUUCUUUGUUGUCGAGGUUUUGGGAGGAGUUCUCUAUAACUUCAGGUAAUGAAGUUGAGGAGUGGUUGAAAGAGAACCAGUUGAGGCAAUACAGAGAUUUAUUUCGACAACAAGGCAUCUCCCGUCUGGCGCAACUGGCGACCGCCGACGCGCUACCCGAGCUGCCCGCCCCCGACGAGGAGCGCGUCCGUCGGGCGGCCUCCUUGCUGCAGCAGCGCCUCGUGCUGCGCCAGUGGCUGGCCGCCCAUCGGCUGCGCGACCACCACGCCCAGCUGGCGGCGGCAGACGUGGCCGCCCUCGAGGACGUCUAUUGGCUCGAAGACAACAAGGCGAAGCAGAUUUUCAACAAAGAUUUUCCGAAAUGGUCUGCAGCUCGUCAGGCGCUUCCAAUUUCUAAGCAUCGAUUGGACAUUUUGAAAGCCGAUCUUUGGUCAGAAGUCGUCAAAAGUAGCCACCACCAGGACGCUUGGACAUGGGGAGGUAUGUUGGUGGUGUCAGUGUCUGUCGCCGGAUUGGUCACCCUGGCUGCCAUGACCCAACCUUCCUUAGCUCCGGAAGCCAAACAUUCCCUUUUGCAAUACGUCACCGGAAAGUAUCUGUUACCUUCCAAUUGUAAAGUUAAUUUCCAGUGGUCGUGCCCACAGCCGGUGGGACAAACCGUCUGCUUCACUGUGCAAUUCUACCAACGUAACGGGCAGCCUUAUCCGAUCUGUGAUACCGAUAAUUUUACUGUUGAUGUUUGUGGUGGAGCGCGAAAGCUCGCCGUUAUUACCGAACUGGGAUCUCCGACUGACCCGAAUUCUGCCAACGUGGCCAAGGUGAAGUUCACCGUCCGCCACGCCGGGCAGUACCGCAUCUCGGUGACAGUGGGCGAGUCCCAUGUGGCGGGCAGUCCAUUUUCCGCCCAUUUCGUGGCCGGACCUGCGUACGCGCCGCGCACCUUGGUCUCGAGGCAUUGCAGCACCGUGGUGUGUACGGCCAACGUCGGCCAUUUGUUGUUCGUCGAGCCGCGGGACGAGUACGGCAACGUGUGCAAGUACAAGUCCGAGGACAAGCCGACAGAGGGUUAUUCUGUGAAGAUAAAUAAAAUUGGCGGGAGUUCCGACGACGUGGACAUCGAAAAAGACAAUUUCACGAUCAGUCUCGAUUACGACUGGGAAACACAGAGAGUCACUGUCGAACUCCGAUUCAUCAAAGAAUGUUGCUACCACGCCACCAUCUACUAUCACGGGACGGAAUUGCAAAAUGGCGAUUUCGAUAUAAUAGUUUUAAAUAGUGUCGAUUCGACUUUGGUCCACAGAAACGUAGCGUCCAAAAAUCACAAUAUUUGCUACGAUGCCAAACUGAUUGGCAUCAACGGCGAUAGAUUUUCUACUCCUAAAAAGAUAUUUUGUUAUGUGUCGCCUAAGCAGUUGAUAAUCAAAGAGCUAAUUUUCAAGUUCAUCCCGAAGAGAAUGUUCACUUUCAGGUUAUGUCCAUCUACAAAGUUCAAUUUCCAGACGGAUUCGCUCAAGACGGGCGAAUAUUAUCCGAACGCCUUUACGAUAGACGACGGCUGUCAGCCCAAAAUCGAAUUGGUCUCCAGAGAUCGCAACGUCAUCGCCGCUACUUUCGCUCAAUUUCUCUUGAAGAACAUGGGCGGGUCAGAAACAUUUAAAGACAAGCAAGACUUUUUCUACCAUGAGGUGAGGAAGUAUCAUCAGAAGCAUUACCACGAAAAGCUUUCGAUGAAGGUGAACAGAGAGAAGCUGUUGGAGUCGAGCAUGAAGGCUACGAAGCAUUUUUCUGUUUCCGAUUGGUGCAGAAAUUUCGAGGUCAACUUCCAAGGAGAACAAGGCAUCGACUGGGGCGGCCUGAGACGCGAAUGGUUCGAGCUGAUCUGCUCGCAGCUCUUCGACGGCCAUCGCGGCCUGUUCGCCAGCUUUCACGAGCCGGGUAACGGGCAGUCGCUGGUCCACCCGAAUCCCUCCAGACCUGCCCACCUCAAGCUCAGACACUACGAGUUCGCCGGGCGGGUGGUGGGCAAGUGCCUGUACGAGAGCGCGCUCGGCGGCAGCUACAGGCAACUGGUGAGGGCAAGGUUCACCAGGUCGUUUCUGGCGCAGGUCAUCGGCCUCAGGGUGCAUUAUAAGUACUUCGAACAGGACGACCCCGAUUUGUACCUCUCGAAAAUCAAGUAUCUCCUCGAAAACAACAUCGACGAGAUCGAAACGGAAGUGUACUUCGUGGAAGAACAAUACGACUCGAACGGCCAGCUCAGCAAGACGGUCGAGCUGAUACCGGAUGGGGCUCGGAUCAGGGUGCGGAACAGCACGAAGUUGCGCUACUUGGACGCGCUGGCGCAGUACAAGCUGGCCACUAGGGUGAAGGAGGAGACGGAGGCGUUUCUCAGGGGGCUGAACGAGUUGGUGCCCGAUAAUUUGUUGAGCAUCUUCGACGAGAAUGAGCUGGAACUUCUUCUGUGUGGCACCGGCCAGUACAGCGUGGCCGACUUCAAGGCCCACCACAUCGUCAACGGGUGUUCGACCGAGUUCAGGCGCGUCGUCGGAUGGUUUUGGGCGGCAGUGGGCAACUUUACGCGAGAAGAGAUGGCCAGGCUCAUGCAGUUCACGACGGGUUGUUCGCAGCUGCCGUCGGGCGGCUUCGGGGAACUGUCGCCGAGGUUUCAGAUCACGGCGGCUCCGACGUUCGGCAGUCUGCCCACGGCGCACACUUGUUUCAAUCAACUGUGUCUACCCGACUACGACUGCUACGAGCAUUUCGAAAAAUCCCUGUUGCUGGCCAUCAGCGAGGGUACGGAAGGCUUCGGAAUGGUCUAAUAUAAAAAAAAAACAACAACAACUGUGAUUCGUUUACGCUUAUCAGUAUUCGUCGAUUUUUUUCAUCAUUAUUUAUGAUUGUCGCGCGCAUUUUUUUGGAUCUUGACUUUGUAGUCUCAAGUUAUCCUUUCUGUAUUUUUGUAUUUUAUGUACUUAAUCUUCAGUUAGUAGGCACCUAAGAUACUUUAGUAUCAUUAAAUCUUUAUGGUAGAUUUUUCAUUGUUUCAUUGUUUUAUUCAUAUUCAAGUUAUUCAACCUCCACGAACUCUUGUUCCUAUUAUUUAUGAGUGAGUAUAUAUAAUAUCUGGGAGUUUUACACCUCAUCCUUAGCUUCGAACAUUUCGAGAACGAAUCUGUUCUGUAGGCAUAAACGAAUUUAAGUUUCAGUUUUUAUUUUUCUGCUCUGAAUAUUGUCAACUAACAUGAGC